UUUAUACGUCAUUUAACUGAUAAUGCCGGUUACUUGUUAUUCUGUAAGAAAUAACAAAUCUAACGUUUUUAUACUAUUAAAAAAUCGAUUGUAAUCGUUAUUGAUCAAGACUUUUACUUGUCAACGAAUUUUCGAAUUUUUAUAUGCGAAUGUCGUUAUUUAUAUUUACAAUAGUGAAUUUGACCUAUAUUAUUGUUUUUCUCCAUUCCGAGUUAUAUUUGUGAGUAAAACAAAACAUGUGUAUUCUGUUUGGUUCUACUGUAUUACACUCCACUGUAAAAACAAGAUUUUUACCAUUUUUAUACAACAUAAAAAAAUGUAAGAAUUUUUCUACUAUCCCAGAGAAUGAUAGUUCUCCACUAUCUGGGAUUCGAAUAUUGGAUCUCACACGUAUAGUAGCUGGUCCAUACUGUACUAUGAUCCUUGGAGAUCUUGGAGCAGAAGUUAUCAAAAUUGAGAAGCCUGGUAAUGGCGAUGAAGCACGUAAAUGGGGACCACCGUUUUUUAAAGGAACCCAAGAAUCUACUUAUUUUACUAGCGUUAAUAGAAAUAAGAAAAGUAUAUGCAUCGAUUUGAAGAAAGGAAGAGAUAUUAUCUACGAAUUGGCUAAGAAGUCUGAUGUAUUCGUAGAAAAUUAUAUUCCAGGAAAGUUAGCAAAAAUGAGUUUAGGAUAUACAGAUAUUAAAAAGGUAGCACCUCAUCUUAUUUAUUGUUCCUUGACUGGUUAUGGCUCAGAAGGUCCUUAUGCUUCUCGACCAGGUUACGAUGUCAUUGCUAGUUCUAUUGGUGGCCUUUUACAUAUCACAGGUGCUAAAGAUGGGCCUCCGUGUAAAGUUGGUGUAGCUAUGACCGAUAUGGCCACAGGUCUUUAUGCACAUGGUGCUAUCAUGGCAGCAUUACUUCAAAGAUUUAAAACUAAAGAAGGGCAAUGGAUUCAGUGUAAUCUUUUAUCUACUCAAAUUGCUAGUUUAAUAAAUAUCGGCUCAAAUUACUUGAAUGCUGGCCAAGAAGCAACGAGAUGGGGUUCCGAGCAUGAAAGUAUUGUGCCUUAUGAAGCUUUUCCAACUAAAGAUGGAUAUUUAACAGUUGGCACAGGAAGUGAUGCUCAAUUCACUGAACUAAUUCAAAAGAUGCAGUUAGAAUUAGAUAGCAAUAAAUUUAAGAAUAAUAUAAGUAGAGUGCACAACAGAAAAGAAUUAUUGAAUAUACUUAGAAAUGAAUUUAAAAAGAGAACAAAUAAAGAAUGGAUGAUGAUAUUUGAGGGAUCCACAUUUCCAUAUGGACCCGUUAAUACUAUAGGACAGGUUUUUGAAGACAAUCAUGUAAAACACAUAGGAUUGGUUAAAGAAAUGGAACAUUCUAUUAUAGGAAAAAUACGAGUUGUUGGACCACCAGUAACAUAUAGUUAUGCUAAUAAUAGUGUCAGACUUCCACCUCCAAUAUUAGGGCAACAUACAAGUGAAAUCUUAAAAGACAUAUUAAAAUAUUCUGAUGAUGAAAUAAAAAAUUUAACAUCACAGAAAAUUAUACAGUGA